AUGGCCUCCUCAGACAGUACACUCGAAGGCACACUUUCGCGAUCAGAAUCCAUCCGCUCGGCCGUUCAGACCUUCUCGCCUCUUCAUGAGCUCGUCUUCGUCUUUGUGGUCUGCAUGUCGCAGUUCAUGACGCAGGCCGCGCUCGGAAACACCCUCGCCCCACUUGAGAUCAUCAGCGACAGCUUCGGCAUCACCAACCCUGGUAUUUCCAGUUGGCUAAUCGCUGGGUACUCCCUAACUGUCGGCACUUUCAUUCUAUUCUUCGGCCGCUGUGGCGAUAUUUUCGGAUACCGUAUCUUGUAUGUCACCGGGUGGAUCUGGUUCGCGAUCUGGUCCCUGGUGGCGGGGGUGAGUGUGUAUUCGAACUACAUCCUGUUCAUUUUUGCGCGUACCUUGCAAGGCAUCGGGCCUGCGAUGCUCCUUCCUAAUGGCCUGGCCCUGCUGGGUGCGACGUACCGACCGGGAAAGAAGAAGUAUAUGGUCUUCUCGCUCUUCGGGGCUACCGCGCCAAACGGCGCCGUUUUGGGAGCCAUCUUUGCGUCGCUGUUUUCCCAGCUCGCUUGGUGGCCGUGGACUUUCUGGGCCAUGGCGAUCUAUUGCUUUGUGUUGGCGAUCAUGUCCCUCCUUGCGAUUCCUCCUUCCCCGUCAGUCGCGCAGGGUAUGUCGCUUGCGCAGCUGAUGUCUGAACUAGACGUGGCCGGGGCAUUCUUCGGAGUUGCAGGCUUGGUCCUGAUCAACAUCGCGUGGAACCAGGCACCCGUGGUAGGAUGGCAGGAGGCAUAUGUAUACGUCCUGCUAAUCAUCGGAGCCCUGAUUCUAGCCAUGUUCUUCGUCUGGGAGAUCAAGUACGCGGCCAAGCCACUCAUCCCUUUCCACGCACUGGAUCUCGACGUCUGCUUUAUCCUGGGCUGCAUUGCAUGUGGCUGGGCCAGUUUCGGCAUCUGGGUCUACUACUUCUGGCGGUUCUUGGAGAAUAUCCGAGGCAUAUCGCCGUUGCUGGCAUCGGCGCAGUUCAUACCGCCGGCCUUGUCCGGACUGACGGCCUCAUUCACGACGGGACUCCUCAUGGCGAAAAUGCGGCCCGGCUGGAUCAUGCUGAUGGCCAUGGUGGCUUUCACCCUGGGUAAUAUAUUUUCGGCUAUCGCUCCGGUUCAUCAGACGUAUUGGGCGUUGGCCUUUGUAACGCUGUUGGUCACUCCGUGGGGAAUGGACAUGUCGUUCCCUGCGGCCACGGUUGUCUUGUCGAAUGCGGUCGGGCGUCGCCAUCAGGGUGUUGCAGCGUCGUUGGUCACGACGGUCGUUAAUUAUAGCAUCUCGCUGGGGCUGGGCUUUGCGGGCACUGUCGAGGUGCAUGUGAAUAACGGUGGCCAAACCUUCCAUGAUACGCUUAAAGGGUAUCGCGGAGCCUUGUACAUGGGUAUCGGACUGGGUGGGCUUGGAGUUGCCAUCAGUGUGCUCUAUCUCAUCAAGAGCAGACCGAAACCGGGCCAGGAGGAGAAUCGGCUGGAAAAAGCAGCUGAAUGA